AUGGAGUACGGAGACUUACCGCGGUCGGGGGUCAGGCUGCAUCAUGCUAUCCAAUGGAAAUCAGAGGGAGUGGCCCCUCAAUCAGCACGCCUGCAUGACUCCCCGAGCAGCGAAUCAGCUCAGACGCAGCGACGCCCCCCUGUGGCGACUCUGCCUCGCCGUCUGCGAUUCGAGGACGAGACAGAGACAGAGGCCGAGUUUCGUUACCUGGAGCGACAGCAGCAAAGGAGACGCACGGGGCAGCGAGGGUCGGGCGUCCUAGUCUCUAAACCGGACCUCAAGCUGUAUGCCAAUGGCAACAUGAGGGCGGGGCCACAGGGGGCGGGGCGUGUUGUGGAAGGAACGCAGAGAGGACGGAUGUCGGGGGGACAGUCGGGACAAGAGACCUACAUUGGCUCUGUCACCUGUAGUGAGACCUGCAGGGCAGGGCCUGUAGCUAGAACCAACCAAGUGGAAGUUAAUGGAAACCAUGUGACAGUUCCUCCUCAGGCCACACCCACCACAGACCUGCCAAUAAACCCCUACGACCCCAAGCAGCUCCCCCCGCCCACUCAGCCUUCAAGGUCUCCAUCACCUGGCCCUUUGUGCCACCCGAACUUGUCUCCUCCUCCGGUGACAUCAGAGAUGAUGUCACAGAUCGUAAUGAUCAACAGCCCCAAGGCGACAAAGAACCUGAACCAGGAGGUGCAGAGCCCGACUCUAGCAUCUGAACCCCUUGAAGGUCUCGGAGGGGGGGCAGAAGUGAAGGAGAGGAGGGUCUGUGAGGAGGACAGAGGUCAGGAUGUCAAGAUGAAGAGCUCCACCACCUCAUCCCUGUCAGCAGGACAAAGCUCAGGUAAGAGCAGCGAUGGACAACUUAGAAAGCCAAUGAGAGUAGAGCUUCACAGUGAUGACCCCUCACCUCCUGAACACUCAAUAACCAGAAACGAACCAGCUCGUCUGUCUCUGCGUCGUCUUUUUGCCAACGUCAAACUGAGCAGGACUCGGGCCGCCAGCCUCGACCGGCUCAUCCUUAGACCCCGUCCCUCGGGACCCGGCCAAACCAACCCUGAACCUGCCCCCUCGUGUCCCAGGAAGUCCUCCAGUCUGCUGAAGAAAACCCCGUCUGUUCAGUCUCUAAAUGUGGGGGCGCCCCUCUUGCAAAUGAGAAAGUCAUCGUCAGUCCAGAGUUUGAGGUCCGAGCAGAAGAAGAAGAAGGAUCGAUCUGCUGACUACAGACCAGCUGCUGAUCAGUGUCUAAAGAGGUGCGUCAGCAUCGAGGACGUUGGUUGUCCCUCGUCUGUCCGUUCUGUCGGUCGGGUUCUUCGGGUUUGUUCUGACGGAACAAUUCUGUUAGAAAUCAGUCGAUUGAACAAUCGAACCUUCGGAUUCGUCAUCAGUAGAGGGAGAGGACGACCCGACUCUGGUGUGUACGUGGAGGACAUGGUGGACUGCAGUACUCAGAAGUUGUAUACCGGCCUGCUGGCAGUCGGAGACGAGAUCGUUGAGGUGAACGGAGAGAAGGUCGCCUGUCUCAGUUUGGAUCAGGUGACCCAGCUGCUAACACAGACCACGAUGGCCACAAUCCGGGUCCUCCGAAACCAGAGGACGACUCCACGGUGACGGUAGCAACGACAUCAUCUGUAACUACAACUGAAACCAUAGCUGUAAUUUUAAUGACCGUAUCUGCGACUGUACCUUUAAUAACAGUUAUUAUAACCCAUAAAGGUCUCAUAUCCUCCUCUUCUUCAGUAUAAAUAAGUCUCAGAGCUCCUCAAAACAUGUGUGUGAAGUUUCUU